AUGGCGGAAGGUGCGAGUUAUGUGAAUGGUUUUCCCUGUAGAGCGCUGUGUAGCGGAGUGGACAACUGCUCAACAGAAGUCAACAGCCAGAUCUUCGGCGACCCUUGCCCGGGAACCCACAAAUACAUCGAAGUCCACUACGCAUGCGCCUUAGCCACUUCGACGACCACUACGACCUCCAGGCCACGACCUCCUUGGUUUGUGGCCACGCGGCCGCCUAUACGGAUCCUGCCCACUCUCAACACCAACAACACUACCACUACUCUUCCACCUGCCACUACCACCACCACCACUACUACCACCAGUAGCACUACGACCACCACAACCACCACCACAACCAUACCUCCCGCCACAAUACCUCACGUGUCGGAAGAUGGAGAUGUCCCAGACAUUGAGGUCCCUACUACAGUGAGUGGAGGAGAGCCCACGAGUCUUGGCUCGUCCACUACACCUGCCACGCCCUCCACCACCGUCAGCAGCUCCCCAACCACUUCUCCGCCCACUAGCACUCAGGCGCCGCCCGUGGCACCCCCGCGCACAGAUGGUGACUAUAAUGUGCCCUGGUGCCCGCCGACGUUUGGCCGUGGGUUGUACUGGAACUGGACACGCGGGGGUGAAGUGGCAGUUCAGCCGUGUCCUGGCGGUGCCUCAGGUUGGGCACGCCGGCCGUGCCACUCAGCAGAGUGGGCGGGCCCGGCUGACCUCAGCGAGUGCCGCAGUGUGUGGCUGGCAACCCUCAAGACUCGCGCCAGCUCGCACGACUCACUGCUGAGUGUGGCUGCUGAUCUAGCCACAGUCACUGCCAGCAAAGCACUGUAUGGCGGUGAUCUCACCACCACCGCUCGCCUCCUCUCCACCUUGGCCUCGCGCAUGACAGAGCAGGUGCGCGACUUUCCAGACCCGCGACAACGGCAGGAUCUGGUUACGGAAAUGCUGCAGGCGGCGCUCGCUACAGGAUCUGCCCUACUGGCGGCGGGCAUGGCGGGGCCCUGGGGAGACCUGGCUGUCCGCGAGAGGCGCCAUGCCGUCACGCAACUCAUGGUGGCGCUGGAAGAAGCUUCGUUUCUUCUGGCUGACGCUCUGCCCCCUGGCGCCCAGGCGGCACACUACAGGUCACACGUGCUAGUGUCAGCAAGGUCAGCCACGCCUGACGGCUCCUCCGUCCGUUUCCCUUCCCCUGAGGACCAGAAUCUUGACUGGGUGUAUGCUGACUCCGUCAUCCUCCCUCCAGAAGCUAUUCUGGAAAACAGUGAUGGAGGAUCUACCAGAGUUGUGUUUCUGACUUAUCGUCACCUGGAGGAUUUGCUGACGCCCGGACCGGAGCCGCUGGACCAUCGUGCCGGAAACAUCAGCCGUUUGGUCAAUUCACGGGUCGUGUCGGCGUCUCUGGGCCGCGGCCGCCACAUUCAGCUGCCGGAGCCAGUCACUCUUACCUUCACUCUUCUGAAACGUGAAAACGUAACUCGGCCCGUGUGCGCCUUCUGGGACUACACGACCUCGGCUUGGAGCGACGAAGGCUGUCGUGUGCUGCGCUACAACCGUUCCCACGUCACCUGCCAGUGCGACCACUUGACCAACUUCGCGGUGCUGAUGGAGGAAGCCGCAGGCGGCAUGGGCGAAGAUCCGCAGGCGGCGCUGCGGAUUCUGGCGUACGUGGGGUGCGUGGUGAGUCUGGUGUGCGUGGCGGGGUCCUUAUUGGUGUUCUCUGUGUUUCGCGGGCUGGCGUCGCCCCGCACCGCCGUGCAUCGCCACGUGUGUGUGUGUCUGACGGCGGCCGAGCUGGUGUUCCUGGUGGGGGUGUGGCGCACGGACGCCCCUGUGCUCUGCGGUGUGGUCGCAGGCAUUCUCCACUACACCGUCCUCUCCGCCUUCGCAUGGAUGUUUAUGGAAGGUGUACAUGUGUACUUGAGUGUGGCGCGGGCGGUGGAGUGUGAUUCUCUGAGACUUCGUUGGUGGCACUACACCCUGGCGUAUGGUCUCCCGCUCCUGGUGGUGGCCGCUGCCGCCGUCAUCGACCCCUUCAGCUACGGCACCGCCCACUACUGCUGGCUUCGUACCGACAACUACUUCGUGUUCUCCCUGGUGGGGCCGGCGCUGUUGCUGCUGGCCGCUCAUGUGGCCCUGUUGGCAGCCGCCCUCAUCUACACCUGCAAGCUGUCUCCUGACGAUGCUCUCAAGACCAAGGAGAUGGCUCGGCUGGACUCCAGCAGCGGCGUGUACACCAACGCUCUCCAACACCGGCUCUACUCUCGCCUGGCUUGGCUUCGGAGCGCCAUCACGUUGCUGCUGUUGAUGGUGUUGACUUGGACGCUGGGCCUACUCUACCUCCACAGACCCUCUCUCCCCAUCGCCGCCGCCUUCUGUGUCCUCAACGCUCUCCACGGAAUUUUCAUCUUCGUCUAUUACUGCGUCAGGAAUCAAAAGGUGCGGGAAUGGUGUCGGUCUGCAGCGGAGCGUGAGGCUUGGCUCCCGCAGGCGGUGCGGGGAGUCUUUGCCGCAGAGAAGCAGACCUACAGCCCCAAUAACAACAACACCAACCCCCACCCCGCCAUCUCUCACGCCCUCAAUCACGCCCUGGCUUCGCCCGCCCUCAACCAAUAUCUUCCAACGCUGUGUCAACUCGGCGGAGUGAAGGGGUCCGGGGACACCACACACCCACCUGUGGGCCCCCUUCUGUCCGGGGCCACGUCCACGAUGGGGUCUGGGGGCUCCCUUCGUCAGGGAGUCACGGGCCAUCUACCCCUCGGCACUCUGCAUCAGUCACUUCCUCGCCACCACACGGUCACCCUCCCGCACACCACCACCACCACCACAACCACCACCACCAACCUUCAUCACGCCACCCUUAAUCACGUUGAUGAGGAUGCCUCAUACAAAUCAUUUUCUCGUGACUCUGGUCAUGGUGGCUCUGAACAGGAAGAUUCUCCUCGUGCUGGGUGGAAUAACCACCACCACCGCUACUCCAACUCUCUGACAGCAGACCUCAAGAAUGCUUAUCUUGCUAAACUUAAUAGCAUAAAUGCUGCAGGAGGAUUAGAUGGUGGUCUCACAUUCCCCAACAUGGAGGGUGGCAACAAGGUCAUCACUGUACCAAACAGCUAUACGACACAGAUAUCACCAGCUGCUGUUCCUCCCGCUGUAGCUGCAAUGCUUCGGGGCAAUGGCAAUACGGCGCGUUCUCAUUCUCCUUGGAAUCAUACAUACAUGGAGAUUGAGACUGAAGCUGACCCUGUGUAUGAGGAAAUUGAGCGUGAACGUUGGGUAGGUCGGUCUGGAGGUGUAGUUGGUGCUCCCACAGGGCAAGAGACAAUGCAGGUAUCCGACCUCUCGGAUGAAGAUGUCAAGCGUGGCACCCCAAGUGACAUGAGCCGUCAGUCAUCUCGUAGCUAUGGUGACGCUCGACCCCUUUUACCAUACCAUCAUGCACAAGGCCAUCAUUUUGCGAGGAGUCCACAAGAUCAACAAUUUGCUCUCAGUGAAGAAAGAUUACGGGAUUUUAAUGCUGCACAGAUGAGUCGUGAUUUGGAGCAACUGCAACAAGCACAACAGCAAUUCUCAAGGGAGAAUUUAAUGACCGUAGCAGUUUUAAAUGGUGAGCAGGUUGUGUGUCGUUUGACAUCGCCUUCGAAUCCACAGGCUCCUCAAAGUCUACCAGUGAUACACGAGGGCAGUGGACGUGGUCUUGUAGUGUCUCAGGCAACCCCAGCCACCAAUGGCUACCCUGCCCAUCUUGUGGUGUCUCGCCCCAGUCAGUACAGACCCCAGCAGUUUAGUGAGUGUUAGUGAGCUGCCGCCUACGUUUUUUGACUAUCCCUGUGAAGGAUACGAAUACCAGACUUGAGAAAUUAGCAAGUGUCUUCUAGACUUGUUUUUUCACUCGUUCUUACCAGCUUGUGACUUUAGAACAGUCACCAUGUGUGUGGUUGAUAUCAACAGCUGGUGAAAUCCUUGAUGGUGCAAGGCCAUUUUUUUAUUAUUGCAUUUUAUGUUCAAAACUUUAGUGAAUCUUAAUUGCCAUUAUAAGUGAACCUUGAGUGCAUUUACAGCAGGGAAAUAGAAAGACUGCUACCAAAGCAUUCUCCUACAGUUGUGUUAGUGACAAGAAUGGACGUCAAAGCUAGCAGCUACGAUAACUAGUCGAUGUACUUUUUAUUUAUUGGUCUCAUUUGUUUGUGCCACAGAACUGUUUUAGUUCUGUGAAACUGGUGUUGAAGCCUUUGUGAUUUAUAUAUGUAAGAAAUGUUCUUUUGUUGAGUGUGGUACAUUCCAGAGUCGAGUGUUUAGUUAUUUGUUAUUCAGUUAAGCCUCAGUGCCACAAUGCUCUAAACUUCGCUUCAGAAUCACACCAAUAAACUUGGAUGGCUAUUAGAGGAAGUGCCUUUUUCGGUCAGAGGAGUGUGUACAUGUAUAAAGGAAUAUUUGGAUGUAUAUUGUUGUAAAUAAAUAUAUUUAUAUGUACGUUUUCUUAAUGAAAAGCCAAAGCUUCUAGAUGUAGAAGAGUCUUUGAGAGUCAUUUCCAACGGGCCUUUUCUUCGCUUAGUGGAAGAGAAACACUGAUAUGUUUCCUAUUACAUACUUCACUGGCAGCAGUUCCGGGGCCUCCACCGGCUGUUAGCAGGUACCUCUCUGGGCCAGGCAGUGCCUCACACACUUUACUGGGGCUUCAUGACCCUCCCGUUGGUGCCUCUCUUUACUUUAUGGUAAAUACUGCCAUCCAGGUCAGUAUCUCGCCUCUACUAUUUAAAAUAUGGCCGAAGCCACUGUUAGGAGGCAGUGUCGUCUAGUCUAGGGUGCUCCUAUACUGAAUUUUAAAAGACUAUUAUAGAUCCAGACAAGCAGACACUGUUAAUACUAGGUAAAUGCCACUUGCUUAGCCGGUCCCCGGAACUAGCUUCUGCCACCAUCUCUUCUCCAACUCGUGAGCUGUGAUACGUUGAAUAGAUAAUCAGUGUAAAAUAUGACAAUAAAAUGAUUUAAUGUAAAA